GUGCGAUUGUGAGUACUUUAUGUGCAAAUAUUUAACAUAUAGUGGUGAUAGUGUGUGAGUUCAAUUUAUUAUACGCGUUUUACAAAUGCCAAUGAUCACUUUUAACUCAACUAGUCCUGUGGAAAUGGAGUGGUCAGCUGAUGGCGACAACACAGAUCACAGCACUUCAUCGUCCCCAAAUCUGCGUCGUUUCAAUCAUCACGAUCAAGAUUCUUUAUCAGAAGACGAUGAUUUUUCUGACGAGUUUUCGAUCAUCGACAGUGAUGACGAUAAAAGAGCAGAUUCGCGAUACAACCCCCAUCCAAUAGUGCAGGCCCCCAUGGAACCGACGACUGGAAUUGUUAAGAAAAUAUUUACGAAUAGCAGGGAGAGGUGGAGGCAACAAAAUGUUAGCGGAGCCUUCGCCGAAUUAAGAAAAUUAGUUCCGACUCAUCCCCCCGAUAAGAAGUUGUCCAAGAACGAAAUCCUCAGAAUGGCAAUAAGAUAUAUUCGGCUCCUUACCAACGUUUUGGAAUGGCAAAAGAAUACUUCGGGACCAAUUCAGGUCCACGUAAAGUCAGAAGAUAUUUCUUCCAUAGUUCGGCAACACAGUUUGAUGCCGAACUGUCAGACUUUAAGGUCCAGAGCUCGAUUAAGAAGAUCCUCUAUCCAAAAUAGUUCAAUGUGUGAUAGGAAUGGUAACAAUUUGCUAAUGAUUGCGCCCAAUAAUCAUUUACCACUCAGACGAAAUACAAUAUUCGAAAUACACAUGCACCAAAAUAACAAAAUCAAAAUGGAAGACGACGCAGCUAAAGAAAAAGAUGAUGAUGUUGAUAACAAGAGCAAGCCAAGAGAUAAACAUGAUUAAUUUUAAUUAUCUCGUGUGGCUAAAAUGUUUUCAUUAUUUAGUGUUAGAUGUGCAAUACUUAAACACACU